AUGGCUUCAAAAUCUAUUCAUUAUCAAGGUAAUCACAGAUUCUCUAUAACAGAAAAGGGUUAUAUAGUUUAUCCGAAAUCUCUUAAUAUUGUUUGGGGAAAAGAUAAGUGUUAUUGGAAGUUACCCAAAUACGAAAAGGAUCGUGCAGAACUUAUGCAAGUAAAUUGGCUAGAGGUAACUGGUUGCAUCGACAAAAUUAAUAUAGCCAAAAAAACAUCAUACGAUAUUGGAUUUAUAGUUUCAUUGAUGAUUGAUGCGUUCGGUUGGAGCGAUUCACCAAUUUAUCUUAUGGCUAAAUGGGGAGAUAACACUCCAUUGAAAAAGGUGAAUUUGACAACUGAGAUUAAUGGAAAAAAGAUGGUUUCAAAAACUAUUACGAUAACAAAAGGAAAGGGGGACAAUACUGAUAAGAUUUAUUUUGGAAUGUAUGCAGUUUGGAACAAAAAGUGGAAAGGAGGUCUCAAAAUUCAUUCUGUAAAUUUGAGAGAGACCUAA